CCAAGUAAAUUCAUUUAGAUAGUUUUAUCUUUAUAGAGGCCAUGUGUUAGUUAAGCUUGAAAUGAAUGUCCGUAAGAGCUCAAUUACUGAAAUUAAUCGCCACAGUUCAAGCAAGAGUUUAUCUUUCAGUUGUUUAGGUUAGAUUCUUUUUGUGAGAAGUGUUUGAAAUUAGGCCAGCAAGAGACGGCAAUUUCAGCGUAAGACUAUAUACAUCUUCCUGAUGGUGUCUACUCUCAGUGGUGUGACAUACUCUGAAGUUAAGUGCUUAAGCUGCUCAUGGUUUUGCUAAUAAGAAGAGAAGGUGGAGGGUGAGAUAAUGGGUAGAGAAGAUGACGAUGAUGAUGAGCCAGAGAAAAUUGUCCGGAGUCAUGAAAUAUCACUGAUCCGACUUAGCUCAGAAGAAGUCAAAUAUAGGCAGAAGUAUCUGCCUGAACCCACAACUUUAUCAGAUGAUAAACUGGUAUGCACAGUGUGUUCUGUGUCUGUAGCACAAGAUAUUCAUGAAGGACAAGACAUCUUUGUUCAUAAAGUUCUUCAAGUUCUAAUUUGCAAGAACUGCUUUAUCUUCUACGGUGAUGGAAAUUUCUCAUCAGAUGAAGAUGGCUGUGAAAAAUACUGCCGCUGGUGUGGCAAUGGUGGAACUCUCUUCCUAUGCUCUACGUGUGUCUGUGGUUUUUGUAAGAAAUGUUUGAAUAAAAACCUGAAGUCUUCUGCUCUUGCUGAAGUACACAAAGAUGACUGGAAAUGUUUAAUUUGCAUUCCUCGUCCAAUAUUUGGAUCCAGAACCAUAUGUUGGGCUGCUCGUGAACUCAGCAGUAUCGGAAAGGAAAAGAAAAGGCUGAAACUAACUGAACGCAAGGAAAAAUUAAAAAAGAUGUCAGAAGCUAAAUCUAAAGCUGAUGAAGAAAAACAUAAGAAGUUUUUUAUAAAGCUGGAUGAUGUUUCGCCGAAAAAACGAAAUUAUGAAAGUGAUGGUAGUGAUUCAGUUCCUAUCCCUCCAAAAAAGCCCAAAUUUGAUGUUAAUAGUUCAGUAAUUUCAAAUGGCAAGUCAGCACCUGGUGAGAAUGGAGAUAAAAAUAAGAAGCCAGAAAAUGAUUCAGUAGUUGAGAAAAAUCGUAUUGAAGAAGAUGAAAGUAGUGAUUCAACACUUUUAGAAGAUGAGAGUUACCUAAUUAACAUUUUGCCUAAUGAAGAAAUAUUAAAAACCAUACCUGAAUUAGAUCCUGACAUCACUGUCUCACAACCUCACUUGAAAGAACUUACUGAGAAGAAUUUAACACCAGAUUCUUCAAAUUUUCAAUCGCCGGAACAACAAGAUGAAAAUAAUGUUAAUAAUAAAAGACAAGGCAUAUCAAGUGAUGAUUUAGUACAAGAUCUCAAAAAAUUUAAAAAGAAGGAGGAAAAUUUAAAUAAAACACCAUCAGAAGAAACUGAAAUUGAGUCCAAAAAUGAUGAACAAUUAUGUGAAGAUAAAUCUUUUGCAUUAUUGAGUGAGGCAUUAGUGAUAGAGAACACCAGUCCCCAUGUUGAUGUAGUUGAUAAAGAUAAAACUAAUCAUAACAUAAAAAAAUCUCCAAAAACUGCUGUUACAGAAGAUUUUGGAAGUAAAAAGGAGAAUGAAUUUGAUUCAUCAUUAGCAUACAGUGAAAAUAUUUUGAGUACAGAUACUACUAGUACUGUUGAGGCUGAACCAUUGUCAGGUAUAGAAGAAUUGGAUGAUCAACUAAGCCCUGUGAAAGAAUUAAAUUAUAAUCCUGGUGUAAAAAAUGAUUCUAACACAGAAAAUAAUGAUGAAAAAAUUAAAUUAGCAAUGGAUUGGCUUAAUAGCACUGUUAAUGAUCUUUCAAAUCUCAGUACAUUAAUUUCUGUUAAGGCAAAUAAAUUUAAGGAAAAGAAACUUAAUGAAGAAAACUUGACCUCAUAUAAUGAUGUUUUAGCUAUAGCAAAUAGUGUUAAGAAACUUUUAAAUGGCAUCCACACAAAUUAUAGAAUGGUAGAACACGGAUUGGAAGAUCAACUAAACCCCUGGAAAGUUUUGUCAGGGUUAAAAGCCCCAGAGAACGAAACACAUUUAAUUGAAGAGGAACUAGAUAAUAAAGAAAAUAAACCAGAAAGUGUAAAUGAUUCAAUUACAAACGAAACAGGAUUGUCAAAUAAUGAAACUCCUCCUAAACUUGCAGAAGAUGACUUGCCUAGAAGUCAACCAAUAUCAAGUUCAAAUGAUAGAGAACCUGAGAAUGAUGUGAAGAUGGGUAAAGAAAGUUCCAAAGACUGUAAUGACUUAGAUAAUACUCCAGAGAAUAUAGACUCGUGUAAAACAAUCGAGAUUGGCAGUAUGGGUGUCAAUAACCAAACAACUGGUGAACAUUUUUUGAAUGAUGAUAAUAAUAGUCAGAGUAAAAAAUGGGUUGGUUUGUUAAGUGAUGAAUCCAGUUCAGAAGAUGAUGUUGAAAAGAUGGUGAAAAAAGAUAGUGAUAGUGUUCAGGACACUUUAAUAACAAAUACAGAACAUGUAAAAAAUGAAGACCUUGUUCAAAAUUCUUCUACUAUUGAUGACAUAUCAGUAAAUGUGACAGAAAGGGGAGAAAAUAAUUCUACUGAGGAAAUAUUUCAUGGAGAUAAUGAAAGCAGAACAGUUAUUGAGAAAGAUGCUCAAUGUAAUGAAGCUUUGCAAUCUAUGUUAUGUACCAGUUCAGAAGAUGACACAAAAAGCUCUCUUAGUGAUUCUAGUUCUGACGAGUCUGAUGACAUUCUGUUGGAUGAUUCAGACUUGGACAUUGGUAGCAAAAAGCCAAGAAUAUUAGUUACAAAACAAAUUUCUGGUUCUAAAAAUACCAAAAAAGAAUCUGGUGACAACAUUAAUAAAGUUGAAGUCAGUGAAAAUCCUAAUAAAACUGAAACAAAAAAAAGAGAAGAAGAACUUGACAGUGAAGCUGAAAUAGAGAUGUUAACAGAUAUGACAAAACUGAAAAAGAAAACAUUGUCAAGAAGGUUGACAUCUGUGGCAAGCUCAGGAGAAGAGUCUGAAAGUGAAAAUGACAGUGGUAGUGAUCAAGUUGUAAAUAUUAGAAAGGCAAAGAAAUAUAAUAAUGAAAGCAAAAAAAGAAGAGAAGAAGAAAGAAAUGAACUGUUCAGGUUCUUGGAUAGUAAUUGCAGUUCUGAAGAAGAAGUGGACAUCAGUAAAAAGGAUUUGGAUGUGAUUGAAGACCAGUACGGGUCCAGUAGUGAGUCCAUGACAUUUGAGGACUUUAGCCAGAAGAUGUUGGCAAGGAUGCACAAGCAACAGAGAGAACAGGAAGAAAUGAAUCUUAAGAUACUGCUUGCCCCUGACAGCGAUGAAGGUUCAGUGGGAGGAGAUGACAUAGUCUUAGAAGAUGGCAUGAAAAAGAAGAAGAAAGGACCAAACAAAAAAGUACAAGAAGAUGAAGAAGAUAAUGUAAAUAAGGAUGAAGACAAUAUUGAAAAUAAAGAAGAAGAUAGUGUUAAAGAAGAGAAAUCUGAAAAUGAAGGAAUCAAAACUGAACCUGAUGAUGAAUAUGAGCAGUUUCUUGAAGAUCUUUCAAAAAGGAAGACAACUUUUAAAGGUCUAGGAUCGUCCUCAGAAGAAACAGAUCAUGAAGAUAAUAUAGAAAUAAAAGAAGAAGUUGUAGAUGGUGAAGAGAAGAUUAAAAAAGAGCCUAAUGAGAGUGAUAUGGAUCGUGAAUCAAGUGAUGAUAGUUCGGGAGACAUUUUCUUGGAUAAGAGUAAGAAAAAAUCAAUGAAAAAGAAGUCCUGGCGUAGUAACAAACUUCUGCAUAUUAAGUUAUCUGACACUGAUACUAGUGACGAAGAGAGAUUCUGGCAGCGACGGCUUGAUAAGGAGAAAAAGAAAAAAGAAGAGUUAGGUGACAGUGAUAGCAGCGGCUAUGAUGCUUUUGCUGAAGGUUUACGCAGAGAUAAACCAUUAGAAAAAAUUAAGAAGAAAGAAGACAAUGGUUCUGAUAAGGAGAAUAAAAAGGAAAUUAAAAAGGAAAAAGGCGAAGAUGAAGGAGGCUCAUCUACUCUGGAGCUUAGCUCCUCUGAAUCUUCUGGAUCCGUAAUCAUAAAGAAAAAAAAGCGAAAGAAAAAUGAAACAAGUGAUAGUGAAGUUGUAUCGAUUUCAGAAGAUGAGAAAAAAAAGAAGAAAAGAAAGAAGCAACGGAAUUUGAGCAGUGAUUCUUCUGAUGAAUCUAAUGAAAGUGGGGAUGAUGUCAUAAAUAUUAGUCAAAAGAGCACACAGGGUGAAUCGCCUGGGAAAGGUGGGCGUAAGAACAUCAGGAAAGUGUUGACAAAACAUGAACUGGCAGCAGCUACUAAAGCAGCAGCAAAGGAAGAAGAGGAAAGGAAGAAACGGAUCGCUGCUCGCCAGAAACUGUUUAAUGAGAUGUUUGAGAUCAAGGAAGCAGAAGUACUGCAGAAACUGGUGUUAGACUUUGAUCCUGAGACAAAGACAGAACUUAUAUCAGUGGACCAUGACUUGGUUACUAAAAUGAAGCCUCACCAGGCUAAAGGAGUGAAGUUUAUGUGGGACUCUUGCUUCGAGUCUCUAAGUCAACUGAAGACCAAGAAGGGCUCAGGCUGCAUCUUGGCUCACUGCAUGGGACUGGGUAAAACAUUCCAGGUGAUAUCUCUGGUACACACGAUACUGAAGCACAAGGAUACUAAUGUGAAGACUGUACUGGUGGUCUGUCCACUCUCCACUGUACUCAACUGGUAUAGCGAGUUUGACAAGUGGUUGGACGAUGUGGCAGGUGGCAGAGAUAUCAAGGUCUUUCAUCUCACAAAGCAUAAAAGAGAUUAUGAACGCUCUAGACAACUCUUGCAGUGGCAUGAAAUGGGUGGAGUGAUGAUAUUGGGCUAUGAACUGUUUCGCAUUCUCACAAAUCCAGCUACUAAAAAAUACAGACUGAAAUUGAAAAAUGACUUCCAGCGAACCCUCGUUGAUCCUGGAGCAGACCUGGUGGUGUGUGAUGAGGGCCACAUGCUAAAGAAUGAGUCAACUGUGCUGUCCAAGGCCAUGAGCAGGAUCAAGACUUUGCGUAGGAUUGUGCUCACUGGCACACCAAUGCAGAACAACCUUAAGGAAUACCACUGCAUGGUGCAAUUUGUGAAGCCUAACUUGCUCGGUACCAGAAAAGAAUUUCUCAAUCAGUUUGUCAACCCAAUAACCAAUGGGCAGUUUGUAGACUCUACUGAGUCUGAUGUUAAAGUGAUGAAGCGGAGAGCUCAUGUCCUACACAAGAUGCUGGAAGGUCUUGUCCAGAGGUUUGACUACAGUGUGUUGACACCGUUCCUGCCACCAAAGCACGAGUACGUGAUCUCACUGCGGCUCACAGAGGUGCAAGUACGGCUCUACCAAUUCUAUCUGGACAAUUUCAGCCAGACCUCCAAUCACACCCGCACUGGCAGUCAGCUGUUUUCAGAUUGGCAGGCCCUUGGACGCAUCUGGACACACCCCCGUGUCCUCAAGAUGAGCACUGACAAAGCAGAAAAGGAGAGGGAGAAACAGAGAUUAGAAGAAUCUGAAGAAGAAGAAGGGUCAAUAAAAGACUUUAUUGAUGACAAAUCAUCGUCUUUGAGCUUAUCUUCAGGUGGUUCUUCUUCAUCUGAUGAAAACAAUGAGAAAAAAGAAAACAAAGCAAAAGAAAAACCAGUUGCUAACAAAGAUACUCCAAAUAUUUGUCCUAUGAUUGAAACAGAGAUAAACCUUAUUUCAUCGGAUGAAGAUGAAGUAAAAGUUGCUGAAGACAAAAGUGACACUGUUGAAAAGGAAAACCUCGUAGAAGAAACAAAGGAUGAACAGGAACAUAAUAAAGAGGAUUCAGAAAAUUCUUGUAAGGAAAAUAUUAUUGAUUUAGAACAGAAAGAAACGGAACAAAAAUUAGAAGGAAAGGUUGUUGAUGAUGAAGUAAAUCUUGUGGAGGAUGAAGUGAACAAGGGAGAAAGCACUGAUGAUAAAGAGAAUAUAGAAAAUGAAGAUAAAGAAGAGAACAUAGGAAAUGAAAAUAAAGAAGAGAAUACAGGAAAUAACAAUCAAGAAGAGACUAUUGAAAAUAAAAAUCAAGAAGAGAAUAUAGGAAAUAAAGAUAAAGAAGAAAAGACUGAUAAACAAGAAAAAGACGAAAAGGCAGAAGAAAUUAUAAAGAAAAAACCCAUGGAUAGUAGAAGUGCAUGGUGGAAGGACAUCGUAGAACAGGAACAUUUAGAUGACAUCAAUCAAAGUGCAAAGCUCAUCUUGCUGUUUGCAAUACUGAGAGAAUGUGAGAUGAUAGAAGAUAAAGUGUUGGUAUUCAGCCAAUCUUUAUUUUCACUGGACUUGAUUGAGUAUUUCUUGGAAAAAGUUGACAAGGCCACAGAAGAAAACCGCAUAGACCAGACUCUUGGGAAUCACACAGGUUGCUGGACCCGGGGACUAGACUACUUCCGGUUGGAUGGGUCAUCCUCCUCAGAGAACAGGAGUGCUUGGUGCAAGACCUUCAACCGUGAGGACAACGCCAGGGCCCGCCUGUUCCUAAUAUCUACCCGAGCUGGAGGGCUCGGUAUCAACCUCACUGGUGCCAAUAGAGUUGUUAUCUUUGACGCCUCUUGGAACCCAUCGCAUGAUGUACAAAGUAUAUUCCGAAUUUAUAGGUUUGGACAGAAGAAACCAUGCUAUGUCUACAGAUUUAUAGCUCAUGGCACAAUGGAAGAGAAGGUCUACGAUCGGCAAGUAGCAAAGCAGUCUCUGUCAAGUCGAGUGGUAGACGAGCAGCAAGUCCACCGCCAUUUUUCAAUGAACGAUCUCAAUGAACUGUACAGGUUUACACCCCCGACACAAGAGGGGGAUGAGAACAGACCCACCCCUGCCUUGCCCAAGGACCGACUGAUGGCGGAAUUGUUGACACAGUACAAGGAGUUGAUAGAGAAGUACCACGAGCAUGACUCGUUGCUAGAGAACAUUGUAGAGGAGGAACUCAAUGAAGAGGAGCGUAAACUGGCAUGGGAAGAUUUUCAGAAUGACAAGAAGAAAAUAGAUAUGCCUGGACCAGGAACUUCAAAUAUUCCCGGUAUUAAUAUGAGUCAGCAGGAACUCUUUCGGAGAUCUCUUCGACUGAAGUAUCCUAACUCCUCAGAGGCGGAAAUGAAUGCGAUGCUGCAAACUCUCAUGUUCCAAGUCAACGCUAUGGCUGUCCAAAAAUCCCAACAGUUUGCUAAAGUUGUCCAACAGCCACAACAAAACACAAGUACAUCGCAAAUAGGUGGAUUAAAGAAUUACCAGAUGAUGCCAACACCUGAUCAGAUGUUUAACCUACAAAGAGGUCAGGUGGCAAACAAUUAUAAUCAAAAUGUGCAGCCUCAAGCCACCCAGAGAAUGGGAAACAGUCAAAUUAAACAAAACCAAAAGCAAGAGAAUAUAAAAGCAAAUGCAAACCAUUUCAUGCAAAUGAGAAUGCAACAACAAGCCAACUUGGCAAGAAUACUAAAUCAAAAGAAACAAGUUAAUAAUGGUUUUCCACAACCAAUUCAAAAUAGGCAACAGACACUUCAAAAUAGACAACAACGAUCUGUACAGAAUAGGCAACAAGAACAACUUGUCAAGAACCAACAACAACCUAUUCUAUUUGGCCAACAACGCCAGUAUUCUGUCCAAAACAGUAGACAAGCCAACAAUAUUAAACAACAACAUCAACAACGCAUUCAAAAUAGGCAACAAAUUUUACAAAACAGACAGCAACAGCCUUUUCAAAAUAGACAACCCAUUUCAAGUAUCCAGUCUCUGAUGAAAAGAAAUGUUGAAGUGACUAGGACCGUGAAACCAAUGCAAUCUACUUCUAAUGGAAAUCAGCCUCAACAAGUUCGUCAGCAAUCUACAACUAAACUGUUAAGUAGACCACAACCCCAAGGGCGCCUAGUAAUAAAUCAAGUAGAAAAAACUCAGCAACAGCUGCAACAAGAAAAAAUUAAACAACAAAUUAGUGUAUUACAACAAAGGAAACAAAUGACUCUACAACAAAAGUUACAAGAGAAAACUGUAACCAAUGCAGUAAAUGCGAGUGCUAUUCAAAAAAGAAAGCUUGAAGAAAUGAAAAAGAGAUAUGCAGCAACGAGAAAAAAUCUGUCAAGUGAUAUAAGUGUUGUAGAAAUCGAAGAUGAACCCAGCAGGCCAUCAGGAUCGUCCAUUUAAGAGAGGAUGGCAAUUUGUGUUGUGAAAUGAAUUACAAUCUAAACAUCUUUGGUGUCUAAAAUCAUCGAGAGCUGUUUGUUAAUAUGUAUUUUAGUUGUAAUUUAGAAACAUUUAAUUUAUGUCAUAAAUACAGUAUUGGGAUGUAAAUAAACUGUAAUGUUGCAAGUGUAGUAUCAGUUACUUAACUGUAAUAUUGAACCAUUGCCUAAGCUACUCCAUCAUGUGUGACUGAUAAUUUUUAUGGAAUAGCUGGAGAGGUAAGGUUUAGGUACAGUUGAAAUAUGAUUGUCUGAGUUCCAAUUAUCCGAAUCACUGAGUUAAACAAUGA